GACCAAAUACGAGGAGAGCAUGAUGGUCCGUCUCAACGUGACCCGGAAGGAGAAAGCCCGGCGUAGACGAGGAGGGGUCCUCGGCUCCCAGCUCAGCUCCCUCACCCACUUCGGGGACAUCAGCGCCCUCACGGGGGCCACCCCAUCUCUGGGAGAAGAUUUCAAUCCACCCAAAAAGAGAAGGAAGAAUGUAAGCACGAAACGCGGCAAGAAAAAAGGUUUCCGCAGGAGACGAUAAACCUCCCUACUCAGGAUUGAGGUCGGCACACCCCUAAAAUAGCUCAGAAUCACCCCGAUUUAGCCUGCAUGGGAUAUUAUUAAUAAUAAAGCUGAAAGGCCAUCAU